UUCCGUUAGCUCGCUGCCGUACGGGAAGCACCGUCGGAACCGCUAGCUAGUGAUGUCAGUUCCAGGGGAGGGUUAAGAAACGUGGCCUUAAGAAAAGGAAAUUCAGGUAACUGCUGCGGUAAAUUUCGCGAGUGAUAUUUUCCGGGACUUGCUAGCCAGCUUGCGUGACUCCUCAUAUUUAAUAGCCUAUUUAUCCGUGGAAAAUGGCCGACGUCGAGCAGGGAUCGGCUCUGCCGAGUGAAGGUGCAGCUCCGAUCGUAGAUGGUGUCAAUGCGACUCUCUCUAAUGGGACCGACUCUGUCAACGCGACGGCCAGGUUCGUCUCCACACCCGAAGGCACGGCCCUGGCGUAUGGGAGCCUUGUCGUUAUGGCCCUGCUGCCCAUCUUCUUCGGCGCCCUGCGCUCCGUCAAUUGCUCCAAAUCCAAGAAUUCCUCUGAAAUGCCAGAGACCAUAACCAGCAGGGAUGCUGCCAGGUUCCCCAUUAUUGCCAGCUGCACCCUCUUUGGGCUGUACCUUUUCUUCAAAAUAUUUUCUCAAGAGUACAUUAACUUACUGUUGUCAAUGUACUUCUUCGUGCUUGGAGUGUUGGCACUCUCCCACACCAUGAGUCCUUUGAUGAACAGGAUAUUUCCCACCAGCCUACCUAACAGGCAGUACCAGCUGCUUUUCACGCAGGGUUCGGGUGAGAGUAAGGAAGAAAUAGUGAAUUACGAGUUUGACACCAAAGACCUGGUAUGUCUGGGAAUGAGCAGUGUUGUUGGAGUUUGGUAUAUCUUCAAAAAGCACUGGAUCGCCAAUAACCUGUUUGGGCUGGCGUUCGCGCUGAACGGCGUCGAGCUGCUGCACCUCAACAACAUCAGCACUGGCUGCAUCCUGCUGGGCGGCCUCUUCGUGUAUGACAUCUUCUGGGUGUUUGGUACCAAUGUGAUGGUGACUGUGGCCAAGUCAUUUGAGGCACCCAUUAAAUUGGUAUUCCCACAGGACUUACUGGAAAGGGGUCUGGAGGCCAGCAAUUUUGCGAUGCUUGGUCUUGGUGACAUUGUCAUCCCAGGUAUCUUCAUAGCAUUGCUUCUGCGCUUUGAUGUCAGUUUGAAGAAAAAUACCAAGACCUAUUUCUACACUGGCUUCCUGGCCUACAUCUUUGGCUUGGGCCUGACCAUAUUUAUCAUGCACACCUUCAAGCACGCACAGCCUGCCCUGCUGUACCUGGUCCCAGCAUGCAUAGGACUGCCCGUAAUCAUGGCGCUGGCCAGAGGAGAGCUGACUGAAAUGUUCAGCUAUGAGUCCUCGGACGAGAUCUUGCCCCACACACCUCGGCUGACACGCUUCCCCACCGUGUCCGGCUCGCCCGCCAGCCUCGCUAACUCAAUGCAGCCUUCGUCUUCCUCCUCCUCCUCGCCCCGCCGCCGUCGCCACGUGGCUGCUGUCCUGUAGGCAGCUGGGUAUGAAGAAUCACCUCCGGAGGUGGAUGCAGCGGCCAAGGAGGAGACGGAAGCCGAGAAGAAAGAGAAGUGAUGGCCUCAGUCUUUCAGGCUCGGCUCAUCUUCCUCUUGUUACAUACAGACCAGAAGGUGGUGCCACUGUUAUAGAUUUGUGGUACGGUACAUGUCAAGCAAUGUGUGUUAAUUUGAUAUUUUCUGGAACAUGAGUUCUUUGAAGUACAACCUGUAUUCAGUGUCUCUUUGUUUUAAUGCACCUAAUUUUGCUUCUGCAUUGCAAGUUUUGGUAAACUUUUUUUUUUUUUAUGCCAACAUUUUAAUAUAUAAAAUUGGAGGGUGGGGCAGGUUGUGGUUAUUAAAAUUAGUCAGUUGUUUGUUCUUUUUCAUGGACCAAAGACAUAAGGACAUAAGUUUUUUUUUUUUCUCAACUUUCAGUUUCAAUCAUGAAUGGUUUGGUUGCCCGUUUGUGCGACAGAGCUCACACGCAGAGAUGUGUCCUUGCACAUCUAUGCUUUUUUGCAUGCCUCUGUUUGUGACAUUUUACAAAUAGUUUUUCUGCGUCACACAGACAGAAAAUUCCAUUCUUUGUUCUUACAUUUUUGCCGUUCACAUCGAACUUGCAUACUGUACCGUCCAACGAGAGAGGCACUCUGUGCAUUUUGUGACACAAAAACGGUAUUCUGUUUUAGCAGGAACUGUUUAGCCAAAUCUGCCUGGGGGUUUUCUGUCCUUUUUCAUUACUGUCGGAAAAUUGGCCUAUUGUCCUUGGUGUGUGAAAAAUGCUGCUAAUUCAGAUGCAUUUCAAAUGCCGCCGUCAUGAUCGUUCCUCUUCCCAUUUUGUAAUUAACUCUGUAAUGUCUAGUUUUUCAAGCUUCUGGCCUUUAUGGAUGCUUAUGAUGGACAAAACCAGGCAUAGGGUUGAACCCAAUGUAGGAAUAAUAAUGUUUUUUUUAUUAUGUCAUUGUUUGCCAAAGCAUGGGCAUCAUUUUCAGUAUGUGUGUUUUCUCAUGUAAUACCAAUGCAACUGUAGGUGAGCUUCUUUGUUGAGAAGCACAUUCUUUGUUAAAUAAAUCGUGGUGUAUGCCACUUUGAAGAAGCAUUAA